AUGGUGCUCGACCUGGGCGGCUUCGCGGACGGCUUCGAGACCUCCGCCUCACCACUCUGCUGGCGCGACCCUCCCGAGUCCUCCCUCUCGGACUGGACCGUCCACGUCGCCGCACCGGAGCUGCCGCCGGCAACGUACCACGUGCACAGAGCCAUGCUUGCGACCGGGCUGCGGAGAAGCGAGUACUUUAGUCGCCUCUUCACCGGCGCCGGCGCCUCCGGCCUCGCCGAGAGCGCGCGCCGUGGCAGCUCUGUCGAGCUGCAGCCGUCGGCGGCGCGCGCCUUUCCGGCCUUCUUGGAUUUCGUGUACAAGGGUGACCUUCCGAUCGACAACACGUCGGCCAUCGCACUGCUGCACCUCGCCAAUUACUUCCUCAACCGUGCCCUCUUUGACCGCGUCACCGAGUACGUGCAGGGCGUCCUCGAGGGCGACGCGGCCGAUCAGGCGGCGCCUCUCUACCUGGGCGAGGCGGACCGCUUUGGCCUCGACAAGGCAGCCAACGCGUGCGUUGCCGUCUGCGCAAAGCACCUGCUUGGCCGCAAGCCGGGGUACUGUGCCGAGCUCGCACCGCCCGUCUACCUGCGCGUCGUUAGCGCCACCGCGUGCGCGACUCGGCAGCACUCGCUCGCGCUGUCGCAGCACGUGUCAGCCUACUGCAACGCGCACUCCGAGUCUGUCGACCUCGUCCUGCUCGAGAGCCUCACUGCGAGGCUGACCUCGGUCGCGGCCGACUCGGCGCUCGACCUGCUCGGCCACGCCGUCUCGCGCCACGGCGCCGAGGCGCUACAAUCUGCCUGCGCGAGAGCGAUCGGCGAGGAGUGGGAGGACGCGCUCCUGCCGUCGGUCGCCGCCUCGCUCGAUGCGCCGGGCGACCAGGGGGCGGAGUGGGCUCCGCUGAGAGGGAGGACGAGCUAUCCGCCCGGCCUGCAGCUCGGCCUGCUCUCGCACGCCCUCGUACACGCAGGGCGCAACCUCGAGCAGACUCGCGCUCAACUCGCGCUCCGCGAGAAACGGAUCGAGGAGCUAGAGGCUACUCUGAGCAAAAUCAAGCUCAGCUCCAACUACCUGACGGCGAACUGCCGAGAGUGUGGUCAGCCCGCCCGUCGCGAGAAUCGGGAGCUGCGAAUCAUCAUUGCGAACAUGUAA